AUGAGCGAUCUUGGCUUAAGCGAUAGCGUUGAGCAUGAGUCAUCACUUUUUAACUCUACCAUGGCAGAGAAUACAAGUAGCAACCUCAUGUCCCUGGACGACUACAUUAACAAGGCACUUCCUUUGCAUUUGGAUAAAAUGGUCGCAGAUCAUCUGCAAAAUGGUAGUCUGCUGCAUGAUGACCAUAAAGAGAGCACGGCCCCUCUUGGAGCAGUUGAAGCAUCCGACGACAACUGGGCUAUGCAGAGAACACUCCGACUACUACAGCAAGGCCAACAACAUAUCAGCGUUGAGUCUUCUAGUUCCUUUUCCUCAUGGUCGUUCCUACAAGGACUCAUUGUUGGUCAAAUCACGGUCGUUAUUGUGCUGAUCUUUUUCAUCAAGUUCUUCAUAUUCAGUGAGUCGACAUCCUCAAAGCCGAAUAAUCCUAAGAAUGCCACUGGUCCGUCGUUGAGCUCUCGCCCGUUCAUAUCAUCGCAGUUUAUCUCUUCAAUAAUGAAAAGAGGCGGUAAAGAACAGAUUAAUAGUGCAGAGAAUGUCGAAGCAGAGCAAACGCGUCAAAUCGAUGCAAUCCUGGAGAAGACAUAUUACGACGUGAACACACAUCCCUCAGAAUCGCUAGAUUGGUUCAAUGUGCUAAUUGCUCAGACCAUCCAGCAGUUUCGAGAGGAGGCCUGGCAGAAGGAUAACAUCGUUCAUUCCUUGAACAACUUCGUUGAGAAGAAGCUGCAUGAACUGCCAAGUUACAUCGAUGGCGCAAAAAUUACUGAAUUGGACAUAGGUGAUGACUUCCCGAUUUUCUCUAAUUGCAGAGUUCAGUACGUCCCAAACUCAAACAGGAAAAAGUUGGAGGCCAAGAUUGAUAUCGACUUGAAUGACCGACUAGCUAUUGGCGUAGAGACUAAACUUCUACUCAACUAUCCUAAGCCUGCAACAGCUGCUUUGCCGAUUAAUAUAACGGUUGCGAUAGUGAGGUUUCAAGCGUGUUUGACUGUCUCGUUGACGAAGGCCGAAGAAUUUGUUGCUCCCUCGAGCCCAACACAAGAGAAUAAUGGCUCAGGUUACUUUCUGGUUUUCUCAUUCGCACCUGAGUACAGGAUGGAUUUCGAAACCGAGUCAUUGAUUGGCGCCAGGUCAAAACUGGAGAAUAUCCCUAAGAUUGGCAGCCUUAUUGAGUACCAAAUUAAGAAAUGGUUUGUCGAACGAUGUGUAGAGCCUAGAUUUCAAUUUGUUAGACUGCCAAGUAUGUGGCCUAGGAGUAAAAGAACAUGGGAGGGAAAGCCAGAGGCGGAGGGUUCAAAGACCUCAAGAGAAUCUUGA